AUGGCGUUUAACUUGGUGUUAUCUGUUGUACUACUUUGCGCGACUGCAGUGCAAUCGUCAGGGAUAUACACAGUGGCACCUGCGAAGGAUUCCCUUCACCAUCAGCCUCGUCUUUCUAACACCCCUCACGAGUUUGUUCUGGAUUUGUUGAAUUUAAAGGUAGAAGAUUAUGUAAAAGGUGCUGUAGUCACUAAAUUAAAUGACAAUACCUUUAUAUACGGGUUCGAAGACCGCAGGACUAGCCGUUCUGCCGUUGUGUUGAUGAUUGGCAAUCAACGUCUAUAUGUCAUGCCUCAUGCACGCAAUUUGAGUGUUAAGUUGACUGAAUUUCCAACUAACUCUGAAGUUUUAGUGACAUAUGAAAUCGAUGGAGGAUUAUGCCAACAUCACUACAAAGAAGAGUUAUUGUCAUCCCUGUCACGUGUGUUCUGGGACCGCAUGUUCACUCCUCAGAGGAUUUCUACAUCAAAGGAUGAAGAUCCUUUCGCCAUUGCCACAUCAUUGAUAUCUCAAUGGACUGGUAUGGUACAAAACUUUUGGUCGUUUGGAUUCAACGCACCUACUCAACCAGUAGAACCUCCCAAGACUGUCGAUGUCCCACGUGUUGUCAUUGACUUGUCCGAUGCCACGACGUACAACCGUAUUGCAAAAUCACAACGCUGGCGUCGUCUAGCAAACCGUAAAGUGGUCUGUGUCUCGUUUUUGAACAAGGAUUCACGUUGGAACGGUAUUUAUUUACAUCAUGUUAAGCUCGAGAUUCCAAGCCACGCUUCUGAGUUUACUGUCUGCCACGACGAAACUGUCGAAUCAUCUAAGAAUGUAGUCGUAAUAUCGCUUAUCGGUACCGUUUGGGUUGAAUCUUUCUUCUCCCUAACUGGCAUCGAUACCAGCGCAGCCUACCUGACCCCAGUAACAGGUCCUAACUUCUUUGACACUUUCAAAGAUUUGCCAAGCCGAAGCAAGGUAACACCUAGUAGACAUGACGGUGAUGGUUUCGUUUUGGAUGUCGACUAUCCUCUGGACGACGAGUCUCCCAUUGAGAUGUAUGAUAACGACACAGUCAGAGUAUUCCGUUACAAGGAAGGUGAGGAUAUGGAUAAACAAGGACCUUACUAUGUGGAUGGUGUAAAGUUCGGUGAGAUUGAGCAGUCUUUACCUGAAUCUUCCUCUUUCGUUCUUUUGGCGGCAUUGAAACCUUUUGCAUCGACCAACUACAUGACGCUAGUGACCCGCAGCGGUUUCCAAUACUCAAUAACUAAGUGGUACAGUUCGACCAAUAAGGACUUCAGGCCAGUGAAUUUGAGUGAUUCGGAACACCUGGCUACUGCUUUGUCAGAGAUAUACUACGUGUUCUCUAAACGCAAUCACCCAGGUCCCAUUGAUUUGAACAAUGCUGACAAUGUUAUAGAUGGUGAUCUCAUUUGUCUGUUCAGGCCUGAUGGUAGGUCUCACCACAUGGGUAAGAUGUGCAAGUCCUUGAAGGACCUUGCUCACACAACAGUGUUGUUAGAGGGUCCUGCACUCACAAUUCUGAAGUACAGUGCUGAUGCUCCCACUGGUAUGCUAAUAAUCGGUACAUCUAUCGUUGAGUUGGAUACUUCGAAAUCUAAAUCUGAUUUCACCAUUUACUUUGAGCAUGAUUCUGACAAACCCAUGAGCAUCGUUGUGUCGGACAAAGACAAUGUAUGGGCAUUAAAGGAGACCUGGAAGGGUUCCAAUGCCUUUAAGGAGUUGAGUGACUCUAUGAUUGACCUCCCUGAGACCUCCAAAAUCGUGGAUGUUGACAUCGGAAACACCCAGGUUGUGGAGCCUGAGGGCAUUGCAUGGGAUCACCAAUAUUUGGAAAGUGUAUGGGUCUUGAAAUCUGUGAACCACCCUGACACCGCCAUAGGUUCUGUGCGAUUCCACAACUGUCGCAUCUUAUCUCAAUCCAAGUAUGGAUACACUUUCAUUGUUGCACCUACCGCUGACUCUCCGUCUGUGGCGGUUGUAUUUUUCCCUAACCCUGACGGUACGCAUUCUGCCGUCUUGGUGAAAAGCACUUUGAUUAAUAAUUACUCGGCUUGUGCGGUAGAGACGCUUGAAUAUGCGCCUACACCGCUCGGAGCCGAAGAUGUCAGAGCUGUCAACUUCGACACUCUUUUUAAACUGCAAAAUACUGAAAUGUAA